CGGCUGCUGCUGCUGCUGGGCUUGGCAUGGUGCUGCUGCUGGUGGUGAUGGGAGUGAGCGGCUCGGGGAAAUCAACUGUUGGGUCGCAUCUGGCAACUAAGCUGGGAUGGAAAUUCUAUGACGCUGAUGAGUAUCAUCCUACAGAGAACAUAAAGAAAAUGGCACAAGGAAUACCACUAAAUGACCAGGACAGGAUUCCAUGGCUUUGCAAAUUACAUGAUAUAUUAAUGAGAGAAGAGUCAGCUGGACAAAGUGUGAUUCUAGCCUGUUCAGCUCUGAAGAAAAUGUACAGACGCAUAUUAGUAAGUGGAGGGGAUGCUGUGUAUUCUAAAAGUGAACUGCUAGACUCUGCCACAGGGAAGGUCCUUUUUAUCCAUUUGGAUGGAUCUAUGGAACUCAUCACCAGCCGCCUGAACAAGAGGAGAGGACACUUCAUGGCACCCGAACUACUACAAUCUCAGUUUGAUACACUGGAGCCUCCGUCAGCACCAGAAAACUUUAUCACUGUUAGUCUAGAAAAGUCUGUUUCUGAAAUAGUGUCUGAAAUUGAGAAAUCUCUUCACUUAGAGAAAUGCUUUUCCACAGCAGUUUCUGAAUUAGAUGCACAUUAAUUCUUUUAACGAUGUCAUAUUUGUGGAAUAGCAUUUUAGUUGCUUUCUCAAGUUAACUAGCAUGGUUUGCAAUAUUAACUUAAUUGGUUUAACAUACUUUAAAGGGACUGGGACACUAUUACUGAUGUUUUCAUUAAGAUUUGAUCAAACCUGGAGAUACAAUUUUCAGAAGUGAAUGGCAUUUGCCUAACUCUUUGUCCAUUUAAAUCACAGGUGAAACUCCCAUUGGCUUUGAUAGAAACAGGGGUAGGUCAACACCGCGUGCUUGUGACAAUCCCACCCUAGGAAUUUAGACAGAACAUGAAAAUCUCAAUAAAUUUAGCUUUAACUUUUUUUUCCUCCCAAAACACGGAAAUUGGCCCCAGUCAUCACUACUGACAUUUAAGUGUUGAAUGGACCCUUGAAAGGUGAACAUCCUUUUAAGAGGAGGCAGAGUUCUCUAAUAGUGCAGAGGGGUAGGAGCUGGGACAGCUGGGUUCAGGUCCCAACUCCACCAUUAGCUCCAUGCCUGAUCUAGAACAGGUCACAACCUCGGUGUCUGUCCACAUCUGUGAAAAUAUUUGCCGACCUCACAGAGGUAUUGUGAGAGUUCAUUGAUUCUGACUUAAACACAGUGGGAGGAGAGAGCUGUGUAACUGCAACAUAAUAUUCUACCUAAAUCUUUAACAAUAAACUAAG